ACAGCUUAUCGAAAACAAUGCUCUCAAAAGACAGUUGCGAGUUGUAUCUAAAAGUAGGGUUUUUGUGUUAAAUUCUUUCGAAAAUGCGAGCUGUUAUCCAACGAGUUAGGGCAGCCAAAGUCACAGUGCUUGAUGAACUUAUCUCUUCCAUUGGGCCCGGUCUUUGCGUUCUUGUGGGCAUCAAAAGCAGCGAUACAACAACAGAUGUUGAGUAUCUAGUGCGUAAGAUUCUUGCAUUGCGGUUGUUCGAGGAGGAAGGUAAACGUUGGCAAAAGUCUGUCAAGGAUUUGCAGCUGGAUAUUCUAUGUGUCUCACAAUUCACACUAUAUCAUCGUCUAAAAGGCAACAAGCCAGACUUCUCGGCUGCCAUGAAAGGUGAUGAAGCUAACCAGCUAUACAAUCAUUUUCUGGAUCGUUUGCGUCAGUCAUACGAUGCCAGUAAAAUUAAAGAUGGCAAGUUUGGUGCCUAUAUGCAGGUGCAUAUAGAGAACGAUGGACCAGUAACCAUCGAGCUGGAAUCGCCGUUACCAAAGCAGAUCGAGGAAUGUGUAGACAAAUAAUUAGCAAAUUAGCAUAUUUUGUAAUAAAAUGAACUAUGUGUAAAUCGUGUUCACUAUAUUUUUGUUUUGUAUAGGCAGCAACUUAAAUCUACAAAUGUAUUUAUAUAUCCGUAUGUGAUUUCUUAAGCUUCUAACAUCUCCAAGUCCUCCACUCCCAGACCUUCCUCGAGUCUCUUUUCUAAUUCGCGUGCAUCGACAUAUGUGAUCUCCUCCUCGGGCAGAUCCUCCUCCAUAAGCGCUGCCUCUUCGGCCUCCUCCUUGGCACGACGCUCUUUCAAGCCGGCAGCAGGCGAGCGGAUGAGCGACAUAUUGCGUUGCACAUCCUUGACAUCCAUUUGGAUUUCGACCUGUCGUCCCUUGCGCAGACGUUCCAUGACAAAGUGCUUCUCGCGUCGCUCCUUAAUCUCGGUAACCUUCUUGAUGGCUUCGAGGGCCUUCUGCCAAGUCUCGCGACUGUAUUUGAUGGGUACAUUGCGACGCUUCUCGAACUCGAAA